AUGGCGGCGCAGCGCGGGCGGGACGCGGCUCUGCCGGCCCGGCCGCCGCCAUCAUUGGUCGGGUUGUGCUGCAGCCCCGCGGCCGGCAGGACCCCGCUCCCCACGGGCACCAAGAGCUCCGGCGGCGGGGCCGGGCAGCCGGGCCGAGCGCGGCGGGCAGGGGGUGAGCCCGGCCGGGAUCCGCUGCCGGGCCCGGCCCCGUUUGGGCUCCCGGGGGCGGGGCCCGGCCCGAGCCGGCAGCGCGCGGCCCCGGCGGGAGCGAUGGCGCCAAAAGCUGUGUCUGGCCGGGGCAAGGGUGGCAAAGGGCUCGGCAAGGGCGGCGCCAAGCGCCACCGCAAGGUGCUGCGCGACAACAUCCAGGGCAUUACCAAGCCGGCCAUCCGCCGCCUGGCUCGGCGCGGCGGCGUCAAGCGCAUCUCGGGGCUCAUCUACGAGGAGACGCGCGGUGUGCUCAAGGUGUUCCUGGAGAACGUGAUCCGCGACGCCGUCACCUACACGGAGCACGCCAAGAGGAAGACGGUCACGGCCAUGGACGUGGUCUACGCGCUUAAGCGCCAGGGUCGCACUCUCUACGGCUUCGGCGGCUAA